UUAUAUGAAACACCCCAAAGUAGGCUAUAAAAAUGUAUAUUAUUGAAAUUGAGCUCAACCCAUAAAAGAAAACUAAUAAGAACAGCUACGAAGAGCAACAAUAUAAUAACUGUCAGUUAAUCAACGCUAAAAGGGAAACGAGAGGCGUGUCUGUAGCCAUGUGAAAGACUCUCUCUGUAUGUGUGAGAAAGUGUGUUUGUUUUAGUGUGUGUGUGUGUGUGCGGGCAUGUGGAUUUUUACAUAAGCAACAACAGCAUGGGGAGCAACAGCAACAGAAACAGCUACAGCCAUAUCAACAACAACAACAACAGCAACAGGAAAGGAAGAAUCAGCUUGAAAGGCCACCUGCGGCUACUUGGCGGCUACCCUACAAAGGGUUCUUUUAUAUAACUCUCUAAACGCUUUGCCCGCAACGUGACAGCAAAAGCGAAGCGAAGUUGAAGCGAAACACAGAACAUCACAGCACAGCACAGCACAGCACAGCGAAGCGAAGCGCUUUGAAGCAUGCUAAAGUAUUUGCACAAAAGGAACAACUGAUAGUUAGGCGACAUCGAAAAACAAUGGCCAACUUAAAACCCAACACGCUGCACGUGGACAGCCUCAGUCCACGGAAUCUCAGCAGUCUCAGCAGCGGUCUCAGUAGCGCCUGCAGCUCCGGCAGCGUUUCACCGGUGCCCAUCAUACCGAUCAUUGCGAUUAGCCGCGAUGGCGACGAGACCGAGUCCGAGUCGGAAAUUGAAACGGAGCCAGCGCGUAUUUUCCAUCGCCGCAUGUCCACCAAACGCAAUAGCAAUCUGGCGUCCAUUAUCAAGGAGGGUUUCCUGCUCAAGCACACUUGGUCCUUUCAACGCUGGCGACGACGAUACUUUCGCUUGAAGCGCAACCAUCUGUACUACGCCAAGGAUGCAAAGUGCGAUGUGUUCGAUGAGAUCGAUCUAUCCGAGUUGUGUUAUUUCGAGUGCAGUAUUAAGAACGUAAAUCAUAGCUUUCAGAUUAUCACACCUACCCGCUCUCUGGUGCUCUGCGCCGACUCCAGACGCGAAAUGGAGGAUUGGCUAGGCUCUCUGAAGAUGGCAACAGCUCCGCAGCGUCCUCGAGGCGAUAGCUUUCUGAUUGACCAGCAUGACAUUCUCUCCAAUCACCACCAUUGGUAUGCCACCUCGCACGCGCGUCCCACCUACUGCAAUGUGUGCCGCGAUGCAUUGUCCGGGGUCACCUCGCAUGGACUCAGCUGCGAGGUGUGCAAGUGCAAGGUGCACAAGCGUUGUGCGGCUAAAGCAAUUGCUAACUGCAAGUGGACAACGCUGGCCACCGUGGGCAAGGAUAUUAUCGAGCAACCCGACGGCAGCAUCAUAAUGCCGCAUCAAUGGAUGGAGGGCAAUCUGCCCGUGUCAGCGGUGUGUGCUGUGUGCAAAAAGACCUGCGGAUCAGUGCUGCGCCUGCAGGAUUGGCGUUGUCUCUGGUGCAGGGAUACGGUGCAUGUGGCAUGUCGUCCCCAGAUGGCCAUUGCCUGCCCCAUUGGACCGGCUAAGCUGUCCGUGGUGCCGCCCACUAGCGUGCAUUCAAUCAGCACCGAUGAUGCCUGGGAUGUGGUCAGCCCGAAAGGAAAUUUCUCGCCUCUGCUCGUAUUUGUGAACUCCAAGUCGGGUGAUAAUCAAGGCGUUAAAUUCUUGCGUCGCUUCAAACAGCUGUUGAAUCCGGCGCAAGUCUUUGAUCUUAUCUCAACGGGUCCCAGUCUGGGCUUGCGUCUCUUUCGACACUUUGAAAUAUUUCGCAUACUCGUCUGCUCUGGCGAUGGAUCCGUUGGUUGGGUGCUCAGCGAAAUCGAUCGUUUCAACAUGCAUAAACAAUGCCAAGUGGCUGUUAUGCCAUUGGGAACUGGCAAUGAUCUGGCCAGAGUUUUGGGCUGGGGCUCCAGUUGCGACGACGACACCCAUUUACCUCAAAUUCUCGAGCGCUACGAAUCGGCCAGCACUAAAAUGCUGGAUCGCUGGAGCAUAAUGGUCUUUGAGAAGGCCAUCAGUGUGCCGAAGACUCCAAAGAUGUCCAUUACAACAGAGCAGGAAGCGCUGCUUACGGGCAUGGUAACAUCGGCCAAUCAUCAUCUGCGCUUCAUUGUGGAAACGAACGAUACCCAAACACUCAUCUCCUCCACGCGCACUUUGUGUGACACCGUCGAAGAUCUCGUGGCACGCAUCUGUGAGCAUCAUAAGGAUGAUGAGCAACUGACCAUCAAAUGUGACAUUCUUAGACAGAAGCUGAACAUGCUGCUGGAUGCUCUGCAGGAGGAGGAAAUGGGUGCCCACAGUGGCGACGAUUUGAUAGCUACCAUACGCAGUCUUAUUGUGCGAGGAGCUGCCUCUUCAGCCUCAGCAGCUCGACCAUCGUAUCUGAAUCCGAACAUGCCUAUUGAGAAGAACGAAAAGGAUCACAUCAAUUCGAAGGAACGACGCAAUAGCCGUUCACUGCGAUCCAGCGAGAAAGAAGCUCUGCAGUCCCGUGCCAACAGCGUCAAGCGGGCCAUAUACAAUGUGGUCGAGCACUCGGAGCCAGGUCGCCCAAAACGCUAUCAACGCAAGCUGUCGAUUACCCCAUUUGAGGCACUGAAGAUACCCGCUAACAACUCUGGAGAAUCGACGCCAUGCAGUUCGCCGUUGCCCAUAAUACCACCCAUCAACAUAAUCUCACCGACAAUGGAGACUUCGCGUCUAACCUGCAUCUCACCGCUGCCGGACACUCGCCGUGAUUCUGUGGACGAGAACUUUUUCAACAGUAUCAAUUUGCCAGCGCCGCGUCAGUUUGCCGACAGUCGUCGCAGCUCAGGCGUGCCUGAGGUCAUACAGGAGAUGGAGGAGGGUGCCAACGGCGAGACAAUCUAUCGCAUAGGACGACUAUCGCUCAGUGGCGGCGCCAACAUUGAUGAUGCCGGCAAUCGUCUGUCGCCCAGCAGCGAUGGUGGGGAUAAUACACCCACCGAGCGCAAGGUGGAUUUUCUGCGGGUGCCCAUCAUAACCGGUGAACCGAUUGUUGAUCCGCUCUCCGACUACAGACCCAUUGAGGUAUUCGAACGCACCUACUACAUGACACGUGAACUGGACAAGGACAAGGAUAAGGAGCGCAAAGCAGAUGGCGAUGGCAGCGAUGCAAGCAGCAUAAUCAACUGCGACAAAGAGGAUGCAAAUGAGAACGAAAAGGGCGAAACACUGCAGCCGCAACGAGCUCUGGUACACACAUGUAACCUGCAGGUACCCGGCAUUGUCGUAACCCCCAACUCCCAAAAUGUUUAUACAAGCGCAAGCCUCACAAUCAUUGAUACCGAUGCCCAGACGAACACGAACACUGAACAAUCAUCAUCAGAGGAACUUGGUGGCGAGGCGAGCGAUGUGCUGUCGGCCAUCAGCAAUGAGGAGUGCAGCGUUGCCUCGGAGAUAUUUGAUAAACCCGAGACUGGUCACACACUUGGCGAUAUUAUACAGAAUCUCGAUGCGAGCAACUUUACGCACAUUGAUUCACCCGAAACGAGCGAUGAGACCGAAGCCAUGCCCGGCGAGAGUCUGAUGGAUGACAUCAGCUCAGUCCUGGGCCAUGACAUAACCAAUGCGUUGGCGGAUAAUACGAUAACGGAUGACACAACCACACUCUGCUCCGAGCAUAUUGGUCCACCAAAGCCGCCGCGCAAAAAGUCGAUGAGCGCCUUAACGCAAUCGAAAUCGCAUCCUUUGAGACGUAACUCAUCGCCACCGCGAAUUGCGCGAUUGGCGCGCAUGGACAGCGAUGAUAAUCCGCAGCAGUUUGGCUUUGAGAACAUUGUCUUUGAGAUCGAUAAUCGCUGCGAUGAUCAGAAAAUGCGUGAGCCGCCACGUUUCUGCAGUCUGGCGCAGUUCGUGGAAGGUAACGAUAUAGCACGACAGAGUUUCAAGCAGCUAACGCUCGAUAGCAACAGAAACAACGACAGCACCAACAACGAAGAUGUGGUCACGCCCACAAAUUCAAUCAUAUCAAAGGCGUAUCCGAACAUGACAAUGACUACGACUAGCGAUGAACUGGAUGAACUGUCAAUGCAAACAGCGAUUAAAAUUGAAAUACAAGAUGCUGAGGCAUCGUCAACAACAACAGCGACAUCAACGAAACCACUUGAAUCGGCAAUGGCAUCAUCGACGUCGCCCACGAAGAAAUCUGGUCAUGGACAAGAUGUAAAGCGCAUUACUUUUGAUGAGUCGUGUAAGAAAGAAUCCUUUGAUGAUGUAAAUCCCAACUAUCCACAGAUAAGUGUUGUUGUAAGACCACCAACACCAUUGCGCGGUGACUCCGUCAAACCCACAACGUCGUCGUCAUCCAUCCUGACGACGCCGUCGGGUCUGCUCGGCGUGCGAUCAUUGAACUCCUCGGAGAUCCGACGACACUCGAGUCAUGCGCCCAGCUUAUCUGUCCGCGAAUAUGACAAGGAUAAAGAUCGUCGCCAUUCCGGUUUCAAUCCAAAUUUCUUAACAUUGGAUCCGGAGCAUGCACGCUUCCUCAGCAGUUCACCAGCGGCUAGUCGUAGAAUUAGCUGUGGCAGUCUCUUCAAGAAGAAAAACCAAAAAAAUUACACUAAACGCGCUUAUGGACUGUUCAGUGUGCGUUUCUUUGUGGUUGCCGAACCAGACAUACGCCUGGCGACCUUGGCGCUUAUUAGGCCGUUGAUACCGCUGCCGAACGAAGCAUUACCAAAUCUGCAGACGCUCAAGGGCUCCAAGUCGAGUCUAUUCAUGGGCUCCACUCUCUUUGGUUUCGAGCACUUUAAUGCUGGCGAUAAGGAGGAAAAGCUCAGCAAGGAUAAGGAGAAGACGCCGACGGAAGAAACCAGCCGCAAGCUGCCCAUUAUCAACCCUCUAGUGCGCUUGCCCAAUUGGCCAAAUCUGACGAAUGGCACUGGCUUCAUCUCUAAAUGUCUGCUGGCCAAUGCAGACACUUUGUGUGCAGCAGUUAGCCCGCUUAUGGAUCCUGAUGAAACCCUACUGGCCGGAUACCAUGAGAAAUGUGUUAUGAAUAACUAUUUCGGCAUCGGCAUCGAUGCCAAGAUCUCGCUGGACUUUCACAACAAACGCGAAGAGCAUCCAGAAAAGUGUCGCUCAAGAGCCCGAAACUAUAUGUGGUAUGGAGUGCUCGGUUCAAAACAAUUACUGCAGAAGACCUGCAAAAACUUGGAGCAACGAGUGCAGUUGGAGUGUGAUGGCCAACGAAUACCAUUACCCGAGCUUCAGGGUAUUGUUAUACUAAACAUACCCAGCUUUAUGGGCGGCACAAACUUUUGGGGCAGCAGCACCAAGAAGGACGACAUCUUCUUGACGCCCAGCUUUGAUGAUCGUGUGCUCGAAGUGGUCGCCGUGUUUGGAUCAGUGCAAAUGGCAGCCUCGCGUUUAAUCAAUCUUCAACACCAUCGUAUUGCCCAGUGUCAGAGUGUACAGAUUAAUAUUUUGGGCGACGAGGAAAUACCCAUUCAGGUCGAUGGCGAGGCUUGGCUGCAGCCGCCAGGCAUGAUUCGCAUCCUCCACAAGAAUCGCGUCCAGAUGCUGUGCCGCAAUCGCAGCCUGGAGGUCUCAUUAAAGAGCUGGCAGGAGAAGCAGCGACAGCAUAGCAUCUCCAUACAACGUGAUGCCUCUUCGACAGCCUCCGAACAUGCCGCCUCCACGGAUGAGGUCAUUUCGGAACGUGAAUGCUACGUGCUGUUGAACUUUAUUGAGGCAGUCAGUUCAUUAGUGAAAUGGGUCAAGUUCUUGAUCAUAUCGCAUCCGGCACUUCAGCAUGAUUUAUAUGAGGUAGCCUGUCGGGCCAGUGAAGCAUUGGAGUCAAUACAUCCGCAGGGCAAACUUCUUGAGGGUCCUUCGUUGCGCACCAAAUUGGUUGAGGUAAUCGACUCGUCACGCCAAUUGUAUGAUGAUGCGUGCACUUUGCUGCGUGAUCGUGGCCACAGUCUCAUACUACGCGAGGAUCUGGAGACGAAGCUGAGCGCAGCUUUGGCCAAUAUGGAAAUGGAAUUGAAGAAGUGCUCGGUGCAAAAAUGCAUCGAUGGCAAGUUGCGAGCCUACUUCAACGUGCUGGCACCCAAUGAGGAGUCGGAUGGUCGCCGUAAGUCACGUGCAUUCUGGGGUCGUCUACGCUCUGGAUCGACAGCUGGCCAACAGCAGUUCAAGCCGCCACUCACGAAUACCCGAGAAGCUGCCAAUAACUGGAGCGUCAAUGAGGUGGUCACCUGGCUGGAGACCAUGCAGCUAUCGGAAUAUGUUGAUAGUUUCCUUAAGAAUGAUAUACGCGGCAAGGAGCUGCUCACCUUGGGUCGACGUGAUCUCAAGGACUUGGGCGUUGUUAAAGUGGGUCAUGUGAAGCGCAUAUUGCAAGCUAUUAAAGAUCUCAGCGAGAAUUAAGUAAACAGCAUGGUUCCUGUUGUGUCCCGUCUUGUCACAAAAAUCAAACGUUGAAAGUUGGACACAACAAAAUUAACAAUCGGCUAGUACAAAAUUCAGUCUUCGAAAUGGACUCAAAGAGUUGGGUUUAUGUUUCUGCAAUGAGGAGUGUGGCUGUUUAGAUUGAUAAGCGAGCUGUUAGAAUGUUAAUUUAUAUGGGAUAAAUGCAUAUAACAAUCACUAUUUAUAGACUAGCAUAGCUAAAGAUAAAGAGUUAAACAAAUCCCCAAAUUCUGGAUUUCAUUAACACAAAAGUAAUUGUAAUUAAAGAAUGAUGCAGAGUGGACAGAGACUAACAAAACGAACAUUAUCUAUAUAAACUGGAUUACAAACAGAAACAAGAUUACUCUAUACAAAUUUAGCAAUAACUGAUGUAGUUUUCCAGUAACAGAAAAACACAAUAUACUUAACUAUAGGUAAUAAUGGUUUGAUGGGACUUAUCAUUUUCUGUUUUAGCCAAGUAAGGAAAAUAUGCAACUGAUUUAAAUUUUGGAUAAAUGUACUUAUGUAUAUGUCAAAUGCAAAAUUAUUUAAUUGGCAGUUAAACGAAUUUAAAUGUAGCGGCACAAGCAAAAGCAAAAACCCCAAGUGAAAUAGAAAUACUUACCCAGUUAAAUAGAUCUUAAUGUUCUACUUACGCUUAACAAAAGCCCAUAAAUAUUUCCUAUGCAACCUCUCUUUUUGCCUGUCCUUGUCCCUCACUCGAUUGAAAACCAAACCUACACAAGAACAUAACUCGAAUAUUAUUCUAAAUUUAUAAGCAAUUUCAAUUUUACAAUUGUAAAACAUACAAGACAAAAAUCUAUAUACUUAAAACCAACAAAAAAAAAAUGAAAAUGAAAAAGAUAUUAAUAAUUUUAGAUAUUCAACCAUACAAAAUUUAAUUGUUUACCCUCUACAAUGUUAAAUAUACACAUAUAUAUUUACUUGUAAUGGAAACAAAGAAAAGUCUGUUAAACGUGUCAUUUUUUGUGGUAACCAAAAAGCAACUCUUAACUCGUUUAUUUUUUAAAUUAAAGUAACCAUUAAGUCCAUCGCGAUUUUUUCGGAAUAAGUUUACCAUUUAAGCAAAGGGCAGAUCUGGUGCGGGGCGCCAGUGUCCCUAUUCAUUUAGUACUACAAAAAAGAAAACAAAAAUUAAAAUAUAUAACAAAAACUUAGCUAGCAUGAAGCACAGUGUCUUGUGUUUCAGACCUUUUGGUAUACCUUUUAAUUGUUUACUUAAGCAGAACAACUUUUGUCAUAGCUGUUAACGAUUAAGAAUUUGUGCUAAAUUUUUAUAGUUACCUAUUUUCAAUUAGCAAUUGUAUAUGAAUAGCAGUCAGUACAUACCUACAUAUACAUACAAUAUGUAGCUGCAUAUAAAUGUGUGUGUUUUUUCCGUGUAAUUUCACUUCAGUUACCAUACAAACGUAUUUACAUACGUUGCAAAUUUGCUUUCAAACAAUUGCUCAAGCAUUUCUCCAAUUGAGUGAGUUUCUUGAAAUGUAUGACAAACAAACAUAUAGAAUGUAUAACAAAUCUCUUGAGCGACGUCUAUAUAUUAUAUUUUUUGAUAUAUAAGUAUAAAUGAGCCCAGACCAACUCGAUUGAUUUGUUGUAUUUUGACAACCCACUAAUUUGAUUCUCUGUGUAGCACCCCAAUAAUAUACUGCACACUACAUAAAGUUUGACACACAUUUGUGAAACUGUUUACGCUUACAAUUAACCUUCGUAUAACAAGGCAAAUCACUUAAAAUGUACUUAAAAUAUUAAAACAUAUAAUACAAAAUACCGAUAAUAAUAAUAAAAAGAAAAAUAAUUAUAAUUCUUUAAACUGCAGUAAAAGUAAAACAAAAAAAACUAACGAUAUAUCUACCGCAAAACAUUUAAACAUUUUUUCGAUAUAUGUAUUUUCGAGAAACCUUAUCAAAUUUAAACAAAUGUAAAUUAAAAAUUUCAUUUCAUUUUCAGUUUUCUAUUUUGUAUAUUUUGAAGUCUCCAAUGUUCAAAAUUAUCCUAAUGCGUUUUAGUUUUAUUCUAACAAUACUGUGAUAACAGCUUUCUAAAAAAAAACUCCCCUAAAUCUAAAUUUAAUAUUAACAAAGAAAUUUCAUAACGAACAUCAAAGUAAUUUGUAACCAAUUUUGUUGAAUAACUCAGCAAAAUGACAAAUGUAACAUUCAAUUAAAAGCGCGUACAAAUUCAUUGUAAUAAUAAUAAUCAAUGAAAAAAUAAUAUGCAAAUAGAAAAUUAACAAAACAACCGCUUGUUGAAAUUUUGAAAACCCGGCCCAGAAUUAUUUUUGAACUUAGCUUCCGAACAGAUUCAAAAUAAUAAUGAUAAUAAAUGGUAACAGGCACAAUCGAAAAUAUUUACCCAGACAUAAUAUGAAAAUAAUAAUAGGAAACUUUUUCUUUAUGAAACAUAAUAUCAAAUAAAAUAAAAACAAA